AUGCUCCGGACUUCUAAAGCUGUAUACAAUUCCGGCUCGGGGCAGCAGCAGACAGUGCAGGCUCCCCUUCAAGCAGACCUCUUGGCUGAAGACCCCCCGCAGACUCCGGUGGCGGUUUUGUGCGACUCAAGGCCAGCCCUCCAGAUCCUGGCGGACCUCCAACCUCAGGGCCUCACAGCUGCCAUCCUCAAGUCCAAGUUUGCAGCACUUGAUACGGCAGGGGUACCUAUCACUUUCCACUGGCUGCUCUCACAUGUAGGGAUUGCUGGGAACGAGGAGGCCGAUGCCCUAGCAAGAGAUGCCCACCACCCGGCCGUCCCAUUCACCAGAUCGGUUGCUCCCUCGGACUAUUCCAAGCCCAGGCUGAAGCAGAUCCUUGCUGCCACUCACCCCGACGCCAGGGUGGCUGCCAGCCGACCACCCAAGCUCCUUCCUGAGAAGGGUCUAUCCCGUCGCGACCGCUGCACACUUCUCCGUCUCCGCACUGGAUCCGUAUGGACAGCAGCCAGGCUACAGGCCAAAGGCCGCAUCUCCUCACCAUCCUGCAGUCGCUGCGGUGAUAUCGAGACCUUGGACCAUCUGCUAUGCUCCUGCCCUGCCCUUGCUCAAGAGCGUGCCGCGGUCACCGCGGCUUACAGGCGCUACGGGCUUCCGAGCUCUACCACCAACCAACUGCUUCACCCGGUACGUCCUCACGUCCCGGCCUUCCACACCCUACUGGAGUUCGUGAAAUCCAACGGGCUGCUCUACCACUGA